GGAUGGUCUCACUUUCGUUCGAGCGAUGGCCGCAGUUAGAAGUGAAUUCCCAAGCGAACCGAUCAGUUAUAAGAACACCAAUACUCCCACCAAUUCCGAUCGCCUGAGGUCCGUGAAAAAACGUGUGACCACGUGCCUGCAGCAGUUGCGCGAAAAACUCCCGGCAUCCGGAUCUUUUCGCAAGAGUUCUACCAGCCGUUUUUACAAGAUCUUCGUGAAGGCCGAUUUUUCCGCCUUUGGCGAGAGGUUUCAGAAGAUCUUUAAAUCGGCGCGAAAAACCGAAUCGCCGGAGUUGUGGAAAGUGCCUUUAACCCAUGACGUCACUGGGCAGAGCAGCCAGCAAUUGCAAAUUGUAGCCAGACUUUUCUCAUCAACUCUGAUUUCCACCAAGGAAAUCACAUACAACAACCACAGAUAUAGCUAUAGUAGUAAGAAAAGCCAGAGCUGCAGCAGCAACAUGACCAUUAUCGAGAGCAACUAUAUAACAGUGCGCGAGGAACAUCCCGAUAUCGAUAAGGAGAUUCGCGCCAUAUUGCUGAGCCACGCCCAGAAUGGAAUCACGAUAUCGAACAUCAAGAGUGAAUAUCGCAAACAGACGGGCAACCCCUUUCCACUGCACGACAACAUCACGGACUUCCUGCUGACCAUUCCCAACGUGACCGCCGAGUGCAGCGAGUCCGGCAAGCGGAUCUUCAACCUGAAGGCAAGCCUGAAGAACCGCCACCUGCUGGAAAUGGUUCUCAACCAGAAGCAGCGCACCAGCGACUACAGCAGCGGAGCUCCUUCUGUGGAGGACAAACCACGUGCACCUCCGUACUGGAAGAAUCCCUACAAACGGCGGGCUCUUUCCCAGCUGGACAACAACCUGAAUACCGAGCACAAACUGACGGAUGAUCAGACCAAGGCGAUCAACACCAGGGCGGCUCCACUGCAGCAACUGGCCAAGGAGGCAGCGGAGUCGAACUGGUGCUACCAGGAUAAUUGGAAUCAUCUCAACAACUUUUACCAGCGAUCCAGCGUAAUUGAACCACAGAAACAGAUGCCGGUGCCCAUCAACAUCUACAGCGAUGCUACCGAGGAACCAACCCAUUUGAAUGUUCCCGACCAUCACCCACACUGCAAUAACCACAACCAGAAUCAGAAUACCAAACCGGACGUAAAUCACCAUCUGGGAAUCUUUGUGCAGCCGUUCAACGAUAUGAACGUACUGAAGAGACGCCAAGAUAUGACGCCCACACCCACGACUCUAUCGAGUGGGACCUACAACGAUUCGAUGCUGACGAUCAAUUCGGACUACGAUGCGUUUCUACUGGACUUUCCGCUGAUGGGCGAUGAUUUUAUGUUAUAUCUCGCCCGCAUGGAGCUCAAGUGCCGAUUCAGGCGCUACGAGCGAGUCCUGCAGUCGGGACUUUGCGUAUCCGGACAGACGAUCAAUGGGGCCCGAAUGCGGUUGAAGAAAUUUAAUCUUCCCGAGGGCACCCAGAUCAUAGUCAAUGUCGGAUCGGUGGAUAUACUGCGUGGAAGACCUUUGGUUCAGAUCGAACAUGAUUUUCGGUUGCUGAUCAAGGAGAUGCACAAUCAACGAUUUGUGCCCAUUCUCACAAAUCUGGCACCGCUGGCGAACUAUUGCCACGAUAAGGAGUUGUGUGACAAGGUCAACCGAUUCAACAAGUUCAUCCGGAGCGAGGGCAGACACCUCAAGGUCGUUGACAUACACUCCUGUCUGAUCAACGAAAGGGGUAUCGUGCGAUUCGAUUGUUUUCAACACUCACCACGCCAAGUCACCGGUUCCAGGGAACCAUAUCUGUUCUGGAACAAAAUCGGCCGACAACGCGUUCUGCAAAUUAUUGAAUCUAGUCUGGAGUAUUAAGAAGUUGGAUCUCUCAUCCGAGAUAUAUAGACUGGGCUGGCACCGGAACCAACCGAGAAAAUAUUUGAUGAUUUUACAAUUUACGCUGAUGGCUCGCUGUUUUUACGGAAUU